GCUAUGACCCACACACACACUCUGCUGCCACGGAUUUGCUCGUCUUACCCUAGCUUGUGGCCCGAGCGCCCAACAUCCACAACUCGACCUUUUUUUCUUGUGCAGCUCCUCCAAAAUUUCGGUCUCCGGAAUUCUUCUCUGGUCAACAAGCUCCCGGUUCCUGAGCAAUCGCCAAACGACAAAAUGCCUCCGAAGUCCGGUAAGAAGGCCGCCCCGGCCCCCUUCCCUCAGGGAAAGGCUGGCGCCAAGAAGGCCCCCAAGAACCCGCUCAUCGAGAAGCGGCCCCGCAACUUCGGCAUCGGCCAGGACAUCCAGCCCAGGCGCAACCUCUCGCGCAUGGUGAAGUGGCCCGAGUACAUCCGCCUCCAGCGCCAAAAGAAGAUCCUCAGCAUGCGCCUGAAGGUGCCCCCCGCGAUUGCCCAGUUCCAGCAGGUGCUCGACAAGAACACGGCCGCCCAGGCGUUCAAGCUCCUCAACAAGUACCGCCCGGAGACCAAGGCGGAGAAGAAGGAGCGUCUCCUCAAGGAGGCUACGGCCAUCAAGGAGGGCAAGACGAAGGAGGACGUUAGCAAGAAGCCCUACGUCGUCAAGUACGGUCUCAACCACGUUGUUGGCCUGAUUGAGAACAAGAAGGCCUCUCUGGUUCUCAUCGCCAACGAUGUUGACCCCAUCGAGCUCGUCAUCUUCCUGCCCGCUCUCUGCCGCAAGAUGGGCGUCCCUUACGCCAUCAUCAAGGGCAAGGCCAGACUCGGCACCGUCGUCCACAAGAAGACCGCCGCUGUUCUCGCCAUCACCGAGGUCCGCUCCGAGGACAAGAACGAGCUGUCGAAGCUCAUCUCCGCCGUCAAGGAGGGCUACCUCGAGAAGAACGAGGACGCCCGCAAGCGGUGGGGCGGCGGUAUUAUGGGCUUCAAGGCCCAGAAGCGCAUUGAGAAGCGCAAGAAGGCCCUCGAGACGGCCAUCAAGGUUUAAGGGAGCAUUGCAAUGGUCAGGUGGGCAUGGUUGCA